GGGCGUCGCGCGGCGGCGGCGGCGGCGGCGGCAUGGGCCCGGCCUCGGUGCCGUCCGCGCCCCUGGCGAGCCCCGAGUACUACGAGAAGCUGGGUCGCCUGCAGCACGGGCUGAGGGACAGUGAGAAGAAGAGAUUGGACCUGGAAAGGAAACUUUAUGAAUAUAAUCAGUCUGACACAUGUCGAGUUAAACUGAAAUAUGUUAAACUGAAAAAAUACCUGAAGGAAAUAUGUGAAUCCGAAAAGAAGGCUCAUAUUCGAAAUCAAGAGUAUUUGAGGCAUUUGGAACAAGUUGAAGCUCACAUUGGAAGAUUUACCACAAAUGAAGAAAAGCUUCUAAAAUUGAAGACUGAAUAUGAGACUAAAAUGAAGAAGAUGCAGCUACUCUCACAGGAAAGCCGAGGAAUGAAGGUUGAAGUGAAAGAUAAAGACAGAAACAAGAUUGCAGUGCAGGAGGGAAUUAACUCAGGGUCAGCCAUGUCAAGAGGACUGUAUCAACCAGCAACAAUCUUUAUGGGCCGCCAAAUGUCAGCCAUCUCAAGCAUUGGAGAUUUUAGUACACAGAAGAAAUCUUCCCAACCCACAAAGAACUUUUCAAUUCCUGACCCACAGUCACAUCGACAGACAGCCCCAAGCAGUAAUGUGACAGACAGCUAUGUAGUACAAACUCAUAGUGACAUGCAGUGCUUAAAUAAGUCUGACAAAAUAGAUGGAAAGACAUCUCUUCAGAUUGGUGAGAAGACGCCAGUCACAGUCAGUGUAUUGUCUGAGAAGGAACAGACUCAUGGCUUGGUGAUAGGAAGCAACACGCGUCAUGGCAAGAAUAAUUUAUCUGAAGGCAAAAAAUCUCCUGAAUUCCAUUUCCUGUUACGGGAAAGAUUAAGUCCAGAGAACAGAACCACUGAUUUAAAGUGUGACAGUUCCAGUAAAUCAGAGGAAUCGUGCCGAGAAAUACUGACGCGGGAGCAUAUUGAAAUCAAGGAAGAAAGAGCUAGACCACCAGUCUCCCUGCUAUCAGUCCCAGAAUACUACGCCUCUGAAAAUAAGUGUUCUCAAGUGAAGCAUUCUGCUUGGGGAGGUUUCUCAGAUUAUCUCCCUCACGGGGACCCAGAGUCCCAGAAGCCCUUUAAAAAACUGCAGGAAGAGCAGAAGGAGGAAAGUUUGGACAGCAGCAGUGACCUCACAGUCUCCAUAAGUGAAGAUGAUCUGUUUUUAAAGAGUCCAGAACCACAGCCAAAUCCGGGUGACAAGAUGGAGGGAGAAGAUAGAAUAGAGGCCUUAAAAUUAAUCCACUCUGAGCAAGAAAGAGAUGCCUUACCCACCGAAAAACAUAAUUGUAUUUUGCAAGCCCUAAGCUCUUCUGAUUCAAAAAAGGAAUCCUUCGCUAACUCACCAACAAGAGAAUAUGAACAAGCUGCAGCCUCAGGCUUACUGGUGGCAGGAUUGGGUGUGCAUGUUGCCAGCUUGAAAGCGUAUGAUGCGUCUAUCAAAGAAGACAAAGCUAAGUCAUCUGGAAUUUUCCCAGAAGACAAGGAUCAGAAGACAAAGGCAACAGCUUUAUUGAAAGAAGCCCUUACAGAAGAGUGUGAUGCUAGGUCAGCUAUUCACAGUAAUGAGUCAUCUUGCAGCUUGCCAUCUAUUCUGAAUGACAAUAGUGGAAUCAAAGAAGCAGAACCCGCUCUGUGGCUUGGGGGUGUCCUUACAAGGAAACAAGAAGUUUCAAGUAGCUGCAGAGAGGAGAGCAAGAAAGAAAACCCAUCAGCAAAGAUUCCAGUCACAGAGACAAAAGCCUACCAGUUGCUGAAGCAAUCUACUCUUCAGGAGAACAGAAAGAGAAUUGAAGAUAGACUGCAAGAGGACGGUGCUUCUGCGUCCCAGCUACCAGGUUUGAAUGUUGGCAGCAGCACAGACAAGACAAAGACAACUAAAAAAAAUGCUUCGGAAGCUAGUUUUUCAUCUAGCGAAGGAAGUCCUUUGUCAAGGCAUGAAAACAAGAAACUGCCUACCAAUUUCAAGUCUAAAGCCUUCUGGGGCGAGUCUGAUGACAGUAACUCAGAGAUUGAAGCAGCUUUACGUCCGAGGAACCAUAACACAUCUGAUGAUUUUGAUGAUUUUUAUGACUAAUCAGAUGUAACAUCAUUGGAAUUAAAAGUCUUUAA